CGUCACAUGACGUCAUUGAAACUGCUAUUAUUACGUCAUUCGUGCGGCUUUUUACUAAAUUGUACUGCAGCAGCUGCAGUCCUUUAACUGGCUGACUGUUGGGUCUGUCAGACCACAGCGCUACUCGGUGUAGCACUGCGUCAUGAACAACACGAGUGUUGCUAUCAGUAUGGUGUCGUCCUCUUCUGACACAGCCCGGCAUAUAUGCAGAAUCAGUGUCUCAAGCUGCAAGGAAGUGGAAGCUCUUGCGAGGCUGGAGUGGCCUCUACAACAAAUGAAGCCAGCGGACAUCCAGAGGCUGCCAGAACACUUCAACCCUGUUGCAGUCAGGCACUAGUCGAUAAGCACAGAAGAGCUUCACAUGUCCAUAGAAUUAAAGGUUUGUUUCUAGAAGAUCACAUAUUCCGGCUAUCACUUUUAUUGGCACCUAAAAUGGUUACUCAAGCAAUUAUGGAAGGGGGACUGUCCAAUUCUGCUAAUGCUGGUGCUGAUAGUGAGCAGGCAGAGCUUCUAGCAUUAACAGUCAGUUGUGGAGAUGAAGAAAGUCUUCAUAGUCCAGAAUCUGUAGCAAAUAUUCUACCCCCAGAUACUGUUAACGAUAAUCUGUUAAUAGGCACAGUUAAUGAAACUUAUGAGGGAAGCAUUAAAGAUGGUUCUGUUGAUCUGAAUGAUGAUAAAGAUCACAGUGACAUUAUAUUAACCAUGGAGGAUGGUGGGACUGCUAAAAAAGAGGACUUGCCAUCCACCGAAUCUCUUCGGGCUUUAGUUUUUCAAGUAUUUAUUCCAUUUCUCAUUGCUGGUUGUGGAACAGUUGCUGCAGGAAUAGUUUUGGACAUAGUUCAGACCUGGCCUGUAUUUGAAAAUGUAACUCAGCUUUUCAUUCUUGUCCCUGCAUUAUUGGGAUUAAAAGGAAAUUUAGAAAUGACUCUUGCUGCUAGAAUCUCUACACAGGCAAAUCUGGGACAACUGGACAGUCUUAGAGAACAGUGGAAAAUGACUUAUGGCAAUAUGGCUCUUGUCCAAUGUCAAGCAACAAUAGUAGCUUUUCUAGCUUCUGUAUUUGCCAUUGUUGUAGAUGUUGUCCAGGAACAUAAAUUUGAUGUGCAUCAUGCUACCUUACUUUGUGCUAGCAGUUUAAUGACAGCUGCAAUCGCUAGUUUAGUUUUAGGUUUCAUUACUGUUGGGGUUGUUCUUUUGUCUCGAAAACUGCACAUUAACCCUGAUAAUGUUGCUACACCAAUUGCUGCUUCUUUGGGUGAUGUAACUACACUCGGCCUUCUUGCUUCAAUUAGUAGUGUUCUUUACGGCAUUGUGUUAACUGAAAAUUGGGUGGCACCUUUUCUUAUUGUGUUAUUUCUUCUGCUUGUUCCAUUGUGGGUUGUCAUAGCAAAGAAAAAUAAGUUUACAAAACAAGUAUUAUAUACCGGUUGGUUGCCUGUAAUUAGUGCUGUUUUUAUUUCAAGUGCUGGUGGUUGUGUUUUAGAUCUGGCUAUUGCAAAAUUCAAAGGAAUUGCUGUAUUUCAACCUGUUAUUAAUGGUGUUGGUGGAAAUUUAGUUGCAGUGCAGUCUAGUCGAAUUUCAACUUAUCUUCAUCAGAAAUCUGAGAUGGGAACACUUCCACUGACAGAUCCCAAAAUUUGCAUCAAUCCUUUUACCGCUUUCUUUGGAAAAGGUGCACAUGCUCGUUCUGGCAGAGUUUUGCUUUUAAUGGCACUCCCCGGGCAUCUGAUAUUUGCAUAUUUAAUAAGAUUAUUAAAUGGUGGCAAGACAACUCUGACACCUUUGUUUCUUUUGGUAUAUCUGACUGUUGCCUUAAUACAGGUAUUUUUACUGAUAUAUAUUGCAUACUGCAUGAUACAUUGGAUGUGGAGACGAAAAAUAGACCCUGAUAAUUCGGCUAUUCCAUAUCUUACUGCUCUGGGAGACCUGCUCGGAACAUCACUACUUGCAUUAGCAUUCCUCUUCCUAUUUUACGUAGGAGAUCAUAAUCCAGAUAUUGCUGAGUGAAUUGAGAUUGUUAAUGCCAUGGAAGUCAAAAUUGCUACACUGCAAUAAAAGCGUCCAUUUAUGAAUCUUCUCAUCUGUAAUAUUUACAUAAGUAUUUCUAACCAUAUAUACCAAAAGGACUAUUGUUGUCAUUCAAAUAAAGAAAUGAUAAACUUUAAAAGGAAAUUAAGUAUCUAUAAAAUAUGUUAUCAAACAGAACGAAUUUUAAACCAUGAUCAACUUCUGUUAUUUAAUAAAUAUGAUAGGGAGCAUAUGUUUCGUCAUGUAUAUAGAAGAAUUUUAUAUUUUCCAUGAAGUUUAGUCAUUAUGGGGAAAAUUUUCAUGUGAAAUUGUUUAUCCAAAGUACUUAAAUUAAUUCUUCCAUAAUCUGAUUACAUGUACAUCAAUGUUCAGAAAUAUGAAAAUGGAAGAAAUAUUUCUUGAAAUGAUAUCAUUCCUAAACCAUAUUAGCUGCCAUAUGAACUGUGAUUAUAAAAAUUUGACUUACCAUCUUCACACUGAAAUUUGGUUUAUGUGAUAUUCAAAGUAUAAGGAAUAUUUUUUUUUUUUUUUUUUAUAUAUUUGUAUUUAAUUUUGUGUUGACUUUCUUGAAAGUAACUUUUUUCUAUAUAGUUAAAAAUUUUUUAGGAAAUGUUCAUAAAUGACUGAAUUAUUUUCUGAAUUUUAGUUUAACAGUAUUUUGCUUUAAUUCAAUUAUACAAUAAGUGCUAAAAUAAUUUUUCAAAUUAAAUGA